AUGCCAAAAAUUGUAUCGGCUGGUAAUCAAUGGAAAUCGAUCGAGGUUCCUGGGGAAUUUGCAUGUGAUACGAACCUGACUUUCCUGUCAACGUUCGAAGAACUCAUUCCGUCGGAAGCUGAUCAAUUACUCAACAAAAACAAUGAACCUUUGGAGCAGAACGAAGAGACAGCCGUUUCGCCUGAAGAGGUUGAAGAGAUUGACAGUGAAAGUGGAACGAACGUGGUCAGUGCUAAUGCGAACAGUCACCCUGAUAGUAUUCAAAUCUUAGAUAAUGUUGAAGCAGGUUCAUUGAAAAAGAAUGUGAAGAAGAAGAAGAAAGGUCUCAUAUCAAGAGCAGGUAAAACACGGAUCAAAUCAAAGAAGAAUGAAGUGCAACUUUCUGAUGGCAUUACUUCUGCUCAAUCGGAUGGCAAUAAAAAGAAAAUGCGCAAAAAUACUCAACCACCAAUUGAGAAUUGUCGUAUCGAAGAUGAGCCAAGCCAAGCAUCAGAUCUCGAGAGUACAGAUUUAGCGGUGACAACUCCAGUUGAACGGGUUGACCUAUCUGCCUGGGAAGAAUUUGGAUUGUCAGAUGAAAUUAUGAAAGCACUCAAUGAUCUCGGGGAGAUUUUCCGUCAUGCAUUCGAAAUUAUUCCAAACUACGUUCAAAAAACAAUUCUUUCGAUUAAAGACAUUCGAGAAUCCGAUUUCAGUUUCACGGAACCAACCGAAAUCCAGAAGUUAGUAUUUCCGAGUGCAAUCCGUGAUAAACUUGACAUAAUUGGAGCUGCUGAAACUGGUAGUGGUAAAACCUUAGCGUACGUAAUACCUUUAAUAAUGAGGUUAUUGGACGAGGACAAGAAAGAGGGAAAUGAAGGUGGUGAGAAGCCAAUCAGUGAACGUCACUUACGUGCACUGAUUCUUGCUCCAACGCGUGAACUUGUCAUACAGAUCAGAAAGCAUAUUGUUGCGCUCAUUAAAUACACCAAAUUUAAGGUAACAUCGAUAGUCGGUGGAUUGUCCCAACAAAAACAAGAACGUAUUUUGAAAUAUCGUCCCGAAAUAAUUGUCGCGACACCGGGUCGUUUCUGGGCGUUGUUAUCGGCAUCGGACGGUGCUGGCAGCGGUAAUUAUUUAGGUGACUGGCAACAUUUGUCGUGUUUGGUGAUUGAUGAAACUGAUCGAAUGAUUGAGAAGGGACAUUUCGAGGAAUUGCAAUUCAUUUUGGACAGCAUUAAGAGUAAUGGGAAUGCGAAACGACAAACGUUAGUAUUCUCAGCGACACUUACCUUUGUGCAUCCUGCACCGAAACGAAUUGACGCACAUCAGAUAACAACACAAGAGAAAAUCGAUCACUUAAUUGAAAUUGUUGGAUUGCGUAAAGAAAGGAGGGUUUUUGACAUUACAAGAUCAUUCGGAACGGCCGAAUCGCUUGUUGAAACAAGAAUGAAUUGUUCGAAUCUCUUGGAAAAAGAUACAAGUGUUGUAUAUUUGCUUACGCGCUAUCCCGGCCGAACGCUUAUUUUCAUGAAUUCCGUGGAUGCAUCCAGAAGAUUCUUCGGUAUUCUAACAAAGCUCCAAUUUAAACCAGCGCCUAUGAUGUUACACGCCAAAAUGAUCCAGAAACAACGUCUCAAAAAUUUAGAGAAAUUUGCAGAAGUACCGAAUUCGAUUCUUUUGGCAACCGAUGUGGCUGCACGUGGACUGGAUAUAUGCGGAGUUGAACAUGUCAUCCACUACCAAGUCCCGAAAACAGCCGAGUUAUAUGUACAUCGUUCCGGUCGUACAGCUCGUGCGCUCAAUCGAGGCAUAACCGUGCUGAUGGUUGAUCUGCAAGACACCCAAUUUUAUCGUCGCAUUUGCAGAAAUUUGAAUAGAGAGCAAGAACUUCCGUUAUAUCCGAUAGAUUCAGUUGAGCUGUUCAACGCACUCCAAGAACGCAUCAAAUAUGCCAGUGAUGUUGAAUCGUGUGAACAUCGCAUUAAAAAGAUUGUUUCACGAGAAAAUUGGUUCGAAAAAACAGCGCGAGAAGCUGAUUUAUUGCUCGAUAGCCGAGAUCGUGAGAAAGAGAGUGUGAGUGAAGAUUUGGUUGAGUUGAGAAGAGAGAAGAAAGCGGCUGAAGGCAAUUUGCGGUGCGCGUUAUCGAUUGCACUACCGCGUUUCGAGCACGUUCAAGUACAGAAGGCACAUGAUGCGCUCAGUUCGUUUGAAGAGAGUGCCGAAAAGGAGCAGUUGACUCGCAAGCAGCAACGCACUCUGGUCAAAUUUCAGGACUGA